AUGUAUUCUUCUCUAUUAUCUCUUGGCUUGAUAUUUUACUCGUUUAAUCUUAUUUACAGUCAAAUUGCAUUUGAAGGCGUAUGUACAACGGAUGUGAAAGUCAAUGGUUUGCCGACCGUCGAUGGCAAUGAUGAAUUCGAAAUUGAUCUGUAUGAAACGAAAUUUUUACCAGAUAAUACAAUUUAUUUGGCAAUCAAACAAAAACAUCCUAAUGAUGGUAUUAGAGAAUUUGUCUUACGUGGAUUCGAUGCUGAUAACAACGUCGUUGGACGAUUUGAUGACGGACAAACAGAAAGAUUAGCAUUACGACAUCAUCAGUGUUCAAAUGAAGCUGCUGCAGUGUAUGUUGAUCGAGUUGAAGGCGAUAGUUACCGAGAAAUCCCACUUGCAUGGCGAGCUACCGGUCUUCCAGCAAAUCUCGAUGAAGUCGUAUUUCGAGCGGAUAUUGUUUCGAAUAAGCAAAUAUAUCGAGUUAAAUCGGCACCAUUAAAAGCACGCAUUGCACCAGGAAUCAUUCCUUCAGAUAACGAAGCAGUGAAUAUCGAUUAUUGUGGCGAAUCACAAGGUUGUUUGAUCGUUCCACAAAAUUGUAACAAUCCUAAAUGCGAAUAUGCACUUUCAUGGCAAGUUAUUGAUAAUAACACGGCACGAUUUCAUAUCGUCGCUCGUGCACAUGGUUUCGUUGGUGUUGGAUUUUCUAUCGAUGAUAAACGAGGUGACGAUCAAGUUAUUCUUUGUUCAAAAGAUGCUCAAAAUCAUGUUUAUGUUCGAAAUAUGUUCGUCGGUGUACAAACGCCACAGUACAUUCAACGUGAAAGACCAGCCUAUGGUUUACGAGAUACGGAUGGUUAUUCCAACGGCACACAUAUCAGCUGUAAAUUCACAAGAAAACUAUCUCCGUAUGCAGAUGCGUCAGUAGAAAAUGCCGGCAAAGCUCCUGAUGGUGUCGAUAGAGAUAAAUUCAUUAACUUGAAAGAACCACACUAUAUGUAUCCAAUAUAUACAAAUCAUGAUUUAAUGACACCACAAGGUAUGCGUAUUCCUUCGCAAGACAUUCAAAUCGUCAACAAUCAUCCAAUUAAUUUCGAGCGUGGAAUUUGGCCCAAAUCUCAUCCACGUGAUGGAGCUUUUCUUGCCAAAAUUCAUGCAAUCCUAAAUAUCAUCGCCUGGAUUCUUCUUGCCUCAGCUGGUGUUAUGGUUGCCCGAUAUUUUGACUUAAUCUGGCCAGAAUAUGAACGUCGUGUAGUCGUCGAUGCUAACGGUGUUGUGACAGGUGAAAAACUACAACGACGCAAUCGAUUCUCAUUCUUUAAUGUAUUUCAACCAAUUAUGAUAACAGUAGCCAUUCUUACAUGGUUGGCAUUUUUGGCCAUUCUCCUUGAACUCAAUUGGAAAUGGACAUAUGGAACACAUCAUAUGUGGCAUUCCGUUCUUGGUGUUAUCGUUCUUGUUUGCUCUUUUCUUGCCCCACUUGUUGGUAUUCUACGACCGAAGCCAAGAACACGACGAUAUUGUUUUUGGUAUUGGAUUCAUUGGUUGAUUGUCUCAUUAGCACAUUGUCUUGCCGUUCCCGUUAUCUUUUUGGGUAUGGAUAAUCGUCGUUUAGACUUAUGGACAUGGUGCUCGUGGCUUCUGUUCGGAUGGUGUAUAUUUCAUUUUAUUGUUCAACUUAUUUUUGAAAUUCAUGCCUGCUGCUGUGCCCGACAAGAUUAUGAACGUUUCGAAGACGCAGAUUACUAUCCGGAAAAGCAUCCCGAUCAACGCGCACGUCGAGAAACUGUACCGGGAGAAUCAUGGAAACCAGCCCUUUUAAGCAUUUAUCUUUUCAUUACAUUAGUUGUAGUUAUUCUUCUCAUUCUCGCCGUCAUACUCUAUCAAGGUUACUAA